GGCACGAUGAGAUUAACUCGGUACAGAGAAACGGUCUGAGGCUAAGCUUCGGAAUAUGUCUGCAGCAACGGACUGUACACGCACUGAAAGAGGCAUACAUCUUUUAACAGAACCACCCACACACUCCCAAACACACAGCGCGCACCUAUGCCCUCACGCAAGCCAAGCCGAAAAUGUGUUCCGUGGUGGUCGGGAUCCGUCAAGCGGCAGCAGGUCACGCACCAGGGGAGAGACGAGGGUCGACCCCUCCCCCAAGACGUGACCGAGUACCACUACACGAACCAACGGCCACAACACGCCAGCACACCACUGGCGGGCGACAAAUCCGCCAGUUAGGAAAACGCGACAGCAGCGCAUCUGUCGAUGAAGCUCCUCAUGUGUCCCCAUGAUGAUCUCUAUUCUUCUGGAUGUUGCCGACUAUGUCAUGGCCCUUCCACAUCCAGCCCUCUCGCCUUGAUGUCAGACACACACACAAAGCAUACCAUGACGGCCCUUCCACUGGGUGAUGCCCUCCGCCCGCCAAGUUACCUGCCCUUCAUGUGUGACGCCAGCUGCAGCCUCUCCAUCUCUGACCUCUCCUCUGCCCCACUGCCAGCCGCCCCGCCAGCUAUCCCCGCCUCAGGGAAGGCCCUCGCGAGCACAGCCAGCACGCUGUCCUUCCCCACCACGAUGCUCUCUCCUCCCAGCUCAACCGCUGGUGUCAGCUCGUCGACUGCCCGCGCCCCGCCCGCCUUGGUCAUGAGCGAGAUCCCUUCUUCGUCAAAGUUGUCAGAGAUCACACAAGUGGUGACGGCGAUGCUCUUGUCAGACAGCAGCCGCAGCAGCUCCUCGCUGUCAGGCUGGCCGGCAAGGACGUAGAGUUUGCUGAUUUGGAGGCCGCCGCUGAGGGCAAUCAUCGCCUGUUCGAGGCUGUAGACGGCUGAGAGGGCUGAUGGUGAGGCGGCCUUCCUCCGCGACGGGCUGACGGCUGCGAUGAAACCACUGCUGACAAAGCGCGGCACCUGUGGCUGCCGUACUGCCUGACUCGGAAGAAGGGGCAGGGAGAAGAGCCCGAUGAUGAAUGUGGCACCCAUCUUCUUCAGAUUCAAACACUGCCUGGCACGUUGUAGGCUACAAGUGAGUGGAUCUGGGGACAGGGCAG